CAUACCAGGCUGUAGGCAAACAAAGAACAAACUCCUGGAGACUAUGUAUGGGAAAAAUGUUACUUCUCAAACGGCUAUGCUCUACUUAGGCGAAACAGAAUAGACGGAUGUGCUAUAUCAGAGAAGAUGAUAAUUAUCGUGAGAAACGAGAAAAACGUGAGAAAAGUCAUUAAGCUUGAUUCUGUUGCUGCAAGAGUUAUCGACGUUAUGGCUGGAGUACAUUUUCAAGGCAAUACUGAGCCUUAAACUGGGUAAUAUAUUCACCUGAGAAAAUGGACGAAUUUACCAAGGAUUCCGGUUAUCAAAACUUCAUAUGUGUCUAUUUAGCAUUUGCAUAUGUUGGAUAUCAACUUAAAGGGUACACAGCAACCGGUUUGAAGAAAGUACACGCAAAUAUAUGCAGCAGCUUGGGUAAUGAGCCUAAAUGUACGUCUCGCUGUAGUGAACAGUAUGGACGGGAUGUAAAGAAGUGGUGCAAAUCGUGCGGAAGCUGGCAAAGUUAUUUGCAGAAAUAUAUGCGUGUCAAAACAGUUGCAUGGGAGCGAAUGGAGUCGUGGAAAUGGCCGACAUCAUACAUAGAUAUAGCAGAAGUCUUUGUUCCAACUAUUUGCUCAAUGCACACUAUCAACUUACAAGACCUGUAUAUUGAAAGUUAUAUCUGGGCUAAUUGCAACGUUUUCAAGAUUCAACAAAGUACGCUUAAGAACCUUAGGGAGGCAAGAAAUGCAGUUGUUCAUAAUUCAACAACUUGUGUGACAGACACACAGACGGACAACUGUUUUAAUACCCUGCAAACUUUGUUGAGUGAUCCUGACGUGAAUACUUACGUUAAUGAUGUCGAAUGCAAAGAAUUUUUGUUUAGUUUGCUGGAUAGAGAUGAAACCCAUGUAUCACAGCAACAAAACCGUAUAUUGUCAAAGUUUGGAGGAAUUUGGGUGAGACCGAAUAGGCAAGAUGAAACAAAGAUAAACGAUGAAGUAUCACGGAAUGUUUCAUACUAUUUUAGAGCUCAAAAUAUUCACAAAGAGUUUCAUAUUCAUCAGAAUAUCUUAAAAAGUCUUACUACUGUUAUGAUUCGUCCUUACUGGAAAAGCUUACGUUUCGCUGUAGUCCAGUUAGUAUUCUUCUUAUUGCUUAUAUUGAUAUCGCUCCUAUAUGUAUUGUUCGCAAGAAGUGAAGGAACCUGGAGAUUGGCAUUGCUUGACAAUGUGAUAUUCUUCCUUCCUAUUCCGUUAGUACUUGUAGUGCCAUACUUACAGAAUGUGAUGCAACAUCAUAUAAUUAGAUACAGCCAACAAUUGAUACUUCGGCAACUUCAACGCACAGACGCUCAAUCUCCGCUAUUCAAGAAGCCGACAGGAAACCUCAAAAACAGUGUUACCGGCAAAGGUUGA